UUAUCACUCAACUCUCUUUUAUCGUUCCUGUCGUGCUCUCAGCUUCUAUCUUUUUACUCUUCUUCAAUGAGGAACAACAAGAAACUAACAUCUCUCAAAUGACCCUGUCACCCUUCUCCUUCCUCGUCGCCGCCACUAUCAUCAUUUCAUUAUCGACAGAAUGUGCAGUUGUUACCGCUCUCAGCUCAGGCUCCACGGUUGCUGUCACCUUCGGCACGGGCACUGUUUGUGGCAUCAUUGCUGGUGAGGCAACACAGAGAAUCCAGUGCUACCAAAAUGGACUCAAUAUUUCGGUUUUGCCUAAUGUAUCAUUUGAAGCAAUCUCUGGUGGCAGGAGCUUUUUUUGUGGGCUCAGGUCAGGUGGAUUCAUCAUUCACUGUUGGGAGACUCAAACUUCAGUGAAUUCGUAUUUUUGGCCAAAGCGUAUAUAUUCCAACUACAAUAUCUCUUUGACUGACCUGGCGGUUGGUGAUGAUCAGGUUUGUGCUAGAGAGGUGGAUUCUGGUAUAGCUAGAUGCUGGAGAGGAGGGAGUGGUUCUCCAUUUCCGUCACCUGGAGUUGGUUUAAAGUUUCGUGCAAUCACCUCAGGGAAUGGCUUUACUUGUGGGAUUUUGAAGAAUGGUAGCACAGUUUUCUGUUGGGGUGGUAAUAGGAUGGGAGUUGAAAUCCAAAGACAAUUUGGUAACUUGUCAAUGUCCUAUUUGGUUGCUGGAGAUUCUCAUGCUUGUGGAUUGACUAGGACAGGAUUCUUGGUUUGUAAAGGGAAUAAUGAGUCCGGGCAACUUGAUGGUCCUUCCAGUUCAGCUUUUGAGUUUUCAGGUAUGUCAUUGGGAGGAAAUUUUAGUUGCGGUAUCAGGCGAAUAAAUGGAUUGGUUCUAUGCUGGGGAGGAGCAAACGGAUCUGAAUUUGAUUAUAAUGCAGUGGAAGAUGUUUCAUUUGAGUCAAUUGUUGCUGGUUUGAAUUUUAUUUGCGGCUUGACAACAAGGAAUUUAACAAUGAUUUGUUGGGGACCUGGAUGGUCUAAUGGGGUUAGUGAUCUUCCUUUGGGAAUGGUAAUUCCAGGUCCAUGUGUUAAGGCUUCAUGUAAUUGUGGUACGUAUCUGAAUUCUGAGACCUUGUGUGAUGGCUCAGGGAACAUUUGUGAAUCAUGCCAGACUGAACUUCCACUUCCAGUGCCAUUGACACCAAUACUAGCACCACUUCCUUCACAAGGAACGAAGCAAUUUUCUCCACCAAGGAAGGGCAUUAACAGGCUUUCUUUGGCAUUUUUAAUCGUUGGAUCAGUUGGAGCUUUUGCAGGGAUUUGCACUAUUACCUACUGCUUAUGGGAAGGAGUAUGUGGCUUCUUGCUUUGCAGGCCUCAUAAUUCUGUGCAACCCGCGGUUACAGAUGCUAAUAUAAUUACGAAUGAUCUGGAUAAUAAUGAUUCCAUUACCCCACCUUUAAGAUCAUUUUCCACCAGGCGCAACAGCUCAGGAAGACUAGGACGCCAUAGAAGUGGGUCAUCAUCAUCGAAACAUGUAGAGAAAACCCAAAAUUUUUCAUUAUUAGAGCUUUCUAAUGCUACUAACAAUUUCUCAGUGGAAAACAGGAUUGGUGCUGGGAGCUUUGGGGUGGUUUACAAAGGCAAACUUCCAGAUGGUCGUGAAGUUGCCAUUAAAAAAGGAGAAACUUCUAUAAAGGUGAAGAAAUUCCAAGAGAAAGAAACUGCAUUUGAUUCAGAAAUAGCGUUGUUAUCACGGCUUCACCACAAGCAUUUAGUGGGGUUAGUUGGAUUCUGCCAAGAAAAUGAUGAGAGGCUUUUGGUUUACGAGUACAUGAGCAAUGGGUCACUCUAUGAUCAUCUGCAUAACAAUGACAAUAUCGAAAAAGGUAGUAGCAUUCUAAAUUCCUGGAAAAUGAGGAUCAAAAUUGCAUUAGAUGCUGCAAGGGGGAUUGAUUACCUCCACAACUAUGCAGUGCCACCUAUAAUUCAUAGAGACAUCAAGUCCUCAAAUAUACUAGUAGAUGCAAACUGGACAGCUAGAGUUUCCGAUUUUGGAUUAUCACUAAUGGGACCGGAAUCUGAUCAAGAAUUUAUGUCAACCAGGGCAGUUGGGACAGUUGGAUACAUUGAUCCUGAAUACUAUGUGUCGAAUGUACUGACAGCUAAAAGUGAUGUAUAUGGUGUGGGGGUGGUAUUGUUAGAGCUUUUGACGGGAAGAAAAGCUGUUUUCAAAAAUGAAGAUGGCACAGGGCCAACGGGGGUGGUUGAAUAUGCUAGCCCGAGGAUAUUGGCAGGGGAUCUCCGGACAGUGGUGGAUAGAAGAAUUGGCAUGCCAGAGAUUCAUGAGGCUGAGGCUGUGGAGCUGAUGGCUCAUAUAGCUAUGCGUUGUGUGAAUUUGGAGGGAAAAGAGAGGCCUAAUAUGACAGACAUUGUAGCCAAUUUGGAGAAAGCGCUGACACUUUGCGAGGAUAGCCCUGCUAGCCUCUCUUCUAGAACAAUUUCCCUUCCUUCGGAUUGA